AUGGCCAACAAAGCGCCCUUUAAGACGACUUUCGAGGCGACCGAAGUUAUCCGGCCAAUUUUUACAGGCGGCGCUAUCGCAUUGGAGAAUGGCGCACGAAUCCUUGCAACGACUCUGGGAGAGGAUGCGGUCUUGACUGACAUAAAGACCGGAAAACACAUUACCACAGUUGAAGGGGAUGGCGAAUUAAUAUCUACUCUAACAUUGACACCGUCGGGAUCUCACCUCAUCAUAUGUUCUCGUUCGCUGUCUAUGCGGAUAUACUCUCUGAAGAAGUCAAGCGAUACGAUAGAACCUCAAUUGGUACGAUCAUUGAAGCCUCAUAAUACUCCUGUCGUCGUUUUGGCCGUCGAUAGAACUAGUACACUCCUUGCGACCGGAGGGACCGAUGGAUCUAUCAAAGUAUGGGAUAUAAACGGCGGCUAUGUCACGCAUACCUUUCGCGGACCCAGUGUGCUUGUAUCCGCCCUCCAUUUCUUCGAAAUCGCCGCAGGCUCGACACAUACCCCGGAAGCCGACAAGGAAAAGAGGAAGAGAAGGAAAUCGAAAGGCGCGGCCGAAGAUGAUGGUGAUGAGAUAUCCACUACAGCAAGAUUUCGAUUGGCCUCGGGGAGUCAAGAUGGGAAAGUUCGUGUAUGGGAUUUACAUAGGAGGAGCGUUGUGGCGAACCUCGACUCGCAUGUCUCGGACGUUCGAGGCCUGGAUUAUUCAUCCGCACAAAAUGUGCUGGUGACUGCUGGUAGAGACAAGACAAUCAGAUGGUGGGAUACGAAAUCUUGGAAGAUACGAAAGGUUGUCCCCUGUUUUGAACUUGUCGAGGCGGUUGGUUUUAUCGAUGACGGCCAAGUCACCUAUAGCGCUGGAUCGAACGGGUGUCUGCGCUUUUGGGCCACUGAUACUGGGCGGGAACUUACGAAAGAGCAAGCGCCAAAGCCUGAGACUGAAACGUUCGUAGGAGCCAUUUACCAGCCGGGACUUCCAUUUAUCAUAUGCGUUCAGGUUGAUCACACCCUAUCUCUUUAUCAAAUUCCUUCGGAGGCUCACGAGCUAUCUCAAAUCGCUCCCCCUGAGCCGUUCCGCCGAAUCUCGGGUACUCAUGACGAUAUUAUAGACUUACGGUAUCUGUUACCUGAUCAUUCUGCUAUGGCUUUAGCGACAAAUUCCGAAGACAUCCGAAUAGUAUCAGUGACUGAACCAAAGUCCGGACUAAAAACUCUAGUCUCCUCCGAGUAUUUUGGGCAGGAUAUUGCCCUUCUCAAGGGCCAUGAAGACAUAAUUAUAUCACUUGAUGUCGAUUGGUCUGGGCAUUGGGUCGCCACAGGUGCCAAAGACAAUACUGCGAGACUAUGGAGAGUAGACCCGGCCAGUGACUCUUAUACCUGCUGGGCAACAUUUCCGGGACACGCCGAAUCUGUUGGGGCGGUGGCGCUGCCUCGGAGUCGACCAGUAGAAGGCUCUAAAGCACAUACUGACCCGCUGAGCUACCCACCUCCAUUUCUGGUUACAGGGUCAUCUGAUCAGACUGUUAAAAAAUGGGAAGUGCCCCGAGAACCGCAAAAAGGCGCAAAGGCAACUAUUCGAGCAGGUUACACGCGAAAGGCCCAUGACAAGGACAUCAAUGCCAUUGAUAUCAACCACUCCUCGCGUUUAUUCGCCUCAGCUUCCCAGGACAAAACCGUCAAGAUCUGGUCAAUAGAAGAAGGUGAGGUUCAGGGAAUCCUCCGAGGCCACCGCCGAGGUGUGUGGUCUGUUAGUUUUGCUCCUCUUAGCACCCCAGUACUUCAGGGCGAGCAAGGUUCCGUGGCCGGAAAGGGUGUCGUGCUCACAGGAAGCGGAGACAAGACGGUUAAGUUAUGGAACCUCACGGAUUAUACGUGCUUGAGGACAUUUGAGGGUCAUUCGAACACCGUCCUCAAGGUGGUUUGGCUGAACAUUCCACCAAAUGAAGAGCGUGGCAAGAAGCCUAUACUUUGUGCCAGCGCUGGCGGAGAUGGUCUGGUAAAAGUAUGGGAUGUCAAUUCUGGCGAGAAUGAAUGCACGCUUGAUAACCACGAGGACCGAGUCUGGGCCCUUGCUGUGCACCCUGAGACGAACAUGAUUGUCUCUGGCAGUGGCGACUCCACUGUCUCGUUCUGGAAGGAUACUUCGAGUGAGACACAAAUCGCGACUAACGAAGCAGCCCUCAAGCGUAUCGAACAAGAACAAGAGCUUGAGAAUUACGAAUAUGUGGGGGCUUACCGUGAAGCAAUCACAAUGGCGCUCCAGCUCAACCACCCCCGCAAACUCCAGAAUCUCUUCGAGCGGGUAGUCUACUCGAAGACGCCCGACACCGGUAGCCUAUCGGGCCUAAAGGCCGUCGAUGAAGUAUUGGCCUCACUUUCCGACGAGCAGUUGUUCCUGCUUCUCUUGAGGCUAAGAGACUGGAACACCAACGCCCGAACGGCACCUAUGGCCCAGCGCAUCCUGUGGACCCUCAUCAAAAGCUAUCCGGCAUCGCGUCUCUCCAGCUUGUCUGUAAAAGGAGCCCGAGGCCAGAAGAGCUUGAAGGAGGUCCUUAAUGCGCUUAAGGUCUAUACCGAGAGGCAUUAUAAACGCAUGGAGGAGUUGGUUGAGGAAAGUUAUCUAGUGGAAUAUACCCUCCAAGAAAUGGACAGUCUCGCGCCUAGUUUAGGCGGGAUGAAGUUGGUAGAAAAUGGCGAUGUAGAUGUCGUUAUGACAUGA